AUGGGUGAUUUAGUCAUGCCGCCAACUAUAAUAUCACCAGAGACAUUAUUACGUCGUCGACAAGGUAAUUCAUAUGAAAUGGCAAUUUUGUUGGCCAGUCUUUUAAUUGGUGCUGGUUACCCCGCAAUGGUUGUAUCAGGUUUCGCAAGAUAUGAAAUCACCUUAAAUGAUCAACGAAAAUUUGAAUGCCCAUAUUUAGUUGAUGAUGAUCAGGAACCACCUGUUAAAAAGGAGGAAUUGGAUGAAUGGGAAUCCAGGUAUGUUUUGAAAGAUGAUCCCGACUUAACCAGUCAUUUACAAGAUGCAUUGGAUGAAAGAGCCAGAGAAAAGCAAGCUGUCAUAGAUGCUGAAGCAGCUGAGGAAGCUAAACGAAAAGCUGAGUGGUUAUCACAAAGAUCCUCUGAUAAAUAUCACAAUCGAAGAAGACAUGCUUGGGUCGUUAUAAUUGAAAAUGCACCAUGGAGUAUUAAACCUCGUACAUUCAAACGUUCAGAAGAAGGAAAAAUUAUUUAUGAUCCAUUGAAAGCAUUUUUUAUAGAACCAUCAUCGGGAUUUCGAUAUGAAACUGAUUCCUUAUUGUAUAUUUACGUUGAAUCAAUUUGGAAUCAAUACAAUUAUUAUAUAAGUUGUCAAACAUGUCGCGCAAAGCAUGUACGUUGGGAUUUAAGUAAAACUGAAGACUGGGAACAUUUAUUACCUGGUGAACCAUUAGAAAUGCGUGUACAAAAAUAUGAUCCUGAUGAAGAUCUUGAUAAAUUAGAUGAUACACAUAUUGAAAAACAUUUAGACAUAAUACGUUCAUGGGUAGGAAAUUUACAUAUCGGUGACCGUGAAUUUGAGCAAAGAUAUCCAAAUGAAUCGAAAACUGUUCAUUAUAAACAGACCGUUCAUGAACGUUAUUCACCGUAUUCAAGAAAAGAUGGAAAAACUGAACAAUUAACAAUAUUUGCCGAUAAUCAAUAUAAAGAGGCAACUACACGUUGGGAAUGGUAUAAAAAUCGUUUGGAUAUGUUGGAAAGAUUAAAAGUAAACUUUGUUACGGAGGAUAUCGAAGAGAAAUUUCAUAAAGGACGACCAGAUAGUCUUAUGAAAUAUGAACACGGUUCUCGUCCAGAUGUACCAAAAAAAAUGUAUUUUUAUGCAUUAUCGCGACUUGAUUCAUUAGAAUAUAUGGAAAUUCACCAAGACAAAAUUAUAAUGAAUUUUCAAGAAAGAUCUGAUAGACUUAUUUACCAAGAAAUACAAUAUCGUGAAAGAGAUAUGAAAAUAGAGAAAGUCAUUGAAAAGUUUAGCAGAAAUUAUGAUGUUCAACCAAGUAAAGAUAUUCUUGAAAGACGUUUUCUACGAACAGACAAUAAAAUUUGGCUUAAAUUUCAAUAUGCUGAAAAUGCUAUAACAACAUCAACAAGAGAAUUUAUACGACCUCCUCCACCUAAAUAUGGCGGAGAGAUAUUAUUUGAUAGUAAAUUAACAAAAGGAUAUCACGCCAAUCCAAAUGAACCAAAACCGACAGAAUUUGAAUUAUACCUAUUGCUUUUAUCUCAAAUGAAAUAUGAUGAAACUUUAGAUAAAGUAUUUGAAAAUCGAUUAAAAGAAAUUGAUAAAAUUAUUGAAAAACGUGGCAAAGAAUUCGAAAAUCCUAAACUUAUGUUUAGAAUAUUUGAUUCUUUGAGAAAUCAAGCAGCAAGGGUAAUUCGGAUUAAAGAGUUCGAAGAUGAAGAAAAGCGUUUAGCUGAAGUUAAAAUUAAAGAUGCUGAUUUUCUUGGACCAUAUCUUGUACCAUAUGCUAGUCGUAAACCAAAUUAUAAAGAAUCACAAGAUAUUAUGAACAAUUGUUUAUUAGAUUUGAAAACACAUUUUGUUUGUUUAUUAAAUGAUCUGCAACGUAAAUAUGAAGAUUUAACCAUGGAAGUAAAAUCUAUCAAUAAAUUUUUAAAUAAAUUUCAAGAUCAAUUUGAUAAUUACGAAUGCGAAAAACUUAUUGAAGAAGCAAAAGAUUUAGAAUUAAAUAAACGUAUGGUACAACAACGAUUAGCAAUAACACAAGAAACAGCACAAGCAAAAUAUGAGAAAGUUAAACGUUCCUUAACAAAUGAUGAACGUCUUACAUUAAAACUUGGGGGAACAAUUUCAGCAAAUUUAACAAAUAUUUCUUUUUUGGCAAUUUUGUUUACAACAUUCGCGCAGGUUUUAAAAGUAUUCAGGACAUUUGAUAAAUCAGAAUUUAAUCAUAAACGAUCACAUAAACCAUUAUGGCAUCGAAAUCUUGAAGCAUCUAAUAGAUAA